CUCUGCUCCUGCUCUAGGAGGAGCAGUGCCUCUUUUAUUCAUUUUGAAAUUUGGGUGUUAGUUUAAGAGUUUGCUUGAGUGUUUUUAACAAAAACAAGAAAACACUUUGAAAUCUACAGGGUUUGAUGUUUUAAAGCUCUUCCCUGACCUUCUAAGGCUCAUUUUCCCCUAUAACUCCCGCCCUGCCUCAGUCCCUCAGUCAGUCUCCGUUCCAUCUGAAAGAAUUUGAGGUUGUUGCUUUGCACAGGCAUUAGCAUUAGCUCGGGUAAGAAAUGCUUGAGAGAGAUCAAUCUUACCAAAAACUGAUGUUGCUUUACAAAGAAAAGGCGGCUGACUCUGGGACUCCCAGGCCACUUCCUCACCCUGCAGGAGGACUUGCUCUCCGCGCUCAGCUUCCUCCCCUGUCCCUAGCCACCCUGCCUGGCCUGGGGAAGGUGGAAGAGCAGAGGCAGGCCAGCGGAGGCAGCUCUGAGAGCGGCUUCCCAUGCACCCCAUGUGCCCGCCUCCCCACCUGCUUUCUCUUCGGCGCCGAUCCCGUGGCCAGGCUUACUCCCUCGGCACCGUCCACCCCCUCCAUGCCGUCGGGCCCCACUCUCCCGCCCUGUGGGCCCAACUCAGGCCUGUUUCAGGCUGAGCUAGCAGAGGAGAGAGAAGCAAGGGGGGGGGGGGUCACACACUUGGGAGUUUGCCCCUCCUCUUUGGCUCUGUCACCCACCAAAGGCAUUCACCCAGAGCGCGUGGCCUUGUUAACACAGCUCCCUGUCCCUUUCCUCGGCUCCUGCACCGGCCGACUCUAAGGGCGCCCUGGGGAGCGCAGCUGCCGUCCGCCCUGCUGUCCGGCCUCUAGCCCCCACAGCUCUCCUCACCUCCCCAGGGGCUGGGCCCUCGCCGCAGUCAGGCCCAGUUGCCUGUUUGUUCAACCUCCCAGGCUGCUCGGUCCCCAUCCCACUCCUUUCCCUUUCUUCCAACAGCCCUGUGCUCUUCUCUCUUGAGAAUGAGGAACGUGGGUUGGGGGGGGCGGGUCCUCCAGAGAAGGACGCGAUCCAGCCCCGCUUCAAACUGUGUGACCUUAGCAAGGCACUUUCCCUUUGAGCCUCAGUUGACUCAUCUGAAAAUGGGCAUAAGAGCACUUGCCUCCUAGGAUGUGGCCAGAAAUCAAGGAGAGGUCGUAGGGCCCUGAGCGGGGGAUGCCUAGCACCAGCCUCGUGUUUGCCCUGUGAGUGAAAUGGUUGGUAAGUCUGCCAAACAGAGUUAGUGAGGAACUGUGGCUCUGGGGACAUGGCUUUCACCCCUGCCUGCUUCCUCCUCCCCGUCCCCAGCCCACAGAAGUCACAUGCAAGCGGUUGAGAGUCCUUUCUUCCUCAAGUAGAAAUAUUUCUUUCCCCUUUCCUUGGAGGUGAAGCUACAAUUGAAGAGGAAACAAAAGCUCCUCUUCGGCCCAGCUUGCCCGGGGGAGCUUACGAGGGUGAGAACGUGGGUCAGGACUGUGCAGAGCCAGGCCCUGGGCCUCCCGAAUCUUGGCGGACUCCGGUGGCCAGGCCCACGGAGGCAAAGGCCCAGCUUCCGGAGACGGCCACGAGUGGCCAGCAAAUGCCUCUUUCGGGCUCAGUCUGAGUGGCUUCCCAGAACACGAGGGCAUGCUUCAGAAGCUGGUUAAGUGAUUUUCAGCAAUUUCAGAAAUUGCCUCAGCUGGUUGUUUCGAUUUCCCCACAGCCUUGGAUUAAAGCAGAAAGAAACAGGGCCCCUGGUGAUUGGAAGAGACUGUGGCUUUGUCCCAGGAAAGCCAGCCGCUGUGGGAAGGAGAGGGAGAGGCCUGAGCUGGUCCUGCCAUGCUGGCGGGCCGCCAAAGGCACUGGCUCCCCCCGGCCUCAGCUCUAGGCCCGAGGCCCUGGCACCCCCACACAGCCUCACUCACCAGUUUGCCAGGGUCCUCAGCUGAACCCACUCAUCACAGCUGAUAGGACACUUGAGGCGUUCUUCCUCCUCACCCUUAGACAACAAAAACCAAGCAUUGUCUCUGCAGUCAGCCUAUCAGACUUAACCUCUAAACUCUGUGUUUGCUUCUGUUUUUUCCUUCGCUGGACUGGGAUGACAGUGCCAGGUUCAGAUCAACUGGCUUUCUCCUUCCAGAAGCAGCUGGGAGGAAGAGAAAGGCCAGUUCUUGGGGUACCCAGUGGGUGCUAUCUUGAGUGUUACUGUUAAGAAGGGAUUUCCUAAGAAGGGACAUGUGUCCUGGCCACAGCUAGGACUCAGCACGCAGACACCGGGCAUGUCUGGGCCUGGCGCUGAUCUUUGGAGAAGGAGUCAGGCUGUUGACAUUCGGUAUCUGGGUCAUAUCUCAGUGGUGGGGGUCCAUCAGGCCUUCCUCUUCCUCCUCUUGCUCCUCCUCAAAGAGCUGUGACCUGGGUGUGUCUGGGUCUGGUCCACACAGCCCGCUGCUCCAGAUUCCCCCAUUCCCAUCUGCCUCCAUGGGCCACCCCUCCAACCCCCACCAGGGCUCCAGUUGCCCUCGCAGCCUGGGAGAUGAGGUCUUGGCCCUGGAACCAGCUGUUGAUCCAGAUAAUCAGCAGAGCCAGGGAGCCUGAGAAUCACAUUCUAACUCCAGCCCCGCCUUUGUCUCCACAUCAGACCCUGGGGGUUAACUUGACCUCUUUUCCAUCUCCAGAAGAUUCUCAUCCCUGCUCACUAUUGCUCUGGGGCCAUCAUGGGAGCCAAGGAAAGGUCACUGUGCAGCAGUUCUUGGGGGCCUGGAGGGGAGGCUGGAGAGCAGGUGUACCUGUGCACUCCAAGGCUGGAGCCUGGGCCAUGUUCAGACGGGAAGUGGACCAGAGUCACACGUCUGCAUGCGCUGUUUUGCCUGAUAACAAAUGAUUUUAUCUCCUGAUACUAUUAUGUAUUUUAUAUAUGUCUUAAUAUUAAAUUGUAAAUUGUAAAUUAUCCCGGGCAGCGGUGCCCGGGUGGCUCAGUCGGUUAAGCAUCCUACUCUUGGCUUCAGCUCAGGGCCUAUCUCAGGGCCGUGAGAUUGAGCCACGCGUCAGGCUCUGCACUCAGUGGGGAAUCUACUGGUCCCUCUCCCUCUGCCCUUUCCCCCCUUAUCUAAAAUAAAUAAAUAAACGAAAUCUAAAAAAAAAAAAAAAGUGUCCCUGGGCAGCCAGUGCCCUGCAGUUUAAAAGGCUGCAUCCUGUCCAUGCCUCUUGUCACCUCGCAUGUAGUACAUGCGCCCUGCCUGCUUCUGCUGCCCUCUGCGAUGCUCUCUUUUACCACAUGUAUACACUUUAAGGUUGUCUCCGGUUUUUUGCUAUGUUGUAAACUGCACGGUGGUCAGCAUCCUGACACGGAGACCUCUCCGUACCGGACCUACUUCUGCAUUUCACCUGCAGAUGAACCCCGACAGCGCACUUGCUCUAUCAGAGCAGGUCACUGCCUCUCAGCGCCAGUCGGAGCCCGAGGAAGCCCGGGAUGGAGGGAAGACUGCCCAGCUCACGCUACGUUCAUGACCGACCGGCCAGCCUGGAGGCCCGGACUCAGGACCUGCUGGCCAGUGGGCCGAACCCCUCCUUGUACUGGGGUCCCGUGUCUAGAAAGGGCUUCACAUGAAGCCAGGCACCCAGCCAUGGUCAGCAUUAACUGGGGUAUCACGGCGGCCGGUCACUGCUGAGGCCAGGGAAACCCUGGAGGAACAGCUGGCCUCGGUGUCCCUGGUGACCACAAGCCGGCGACAAGGACCUGACCCUCCACGCUCCACUGCCUCCUGCAGCCGGAAGGAGAGUGUGCGUCUGCCCCAAGGAAUCACUUCCCAGAAAUUGUCCGGAAAGUCACCGAUGCCCCAGCUCUCGUCUGAUUCAUCAGCCUGACUGCACGGGGAACUUGGGGACAAAAGCCCCCAGUAAGCAGAAAGGAAGGGAGCAGCACGGAAGACAUCUCUGCUGCUCCCUCUUGACCCCGGGCAUGACGCACCCUCCACGGGCUGGUGGCUUUGAGCCUUUGUUUCCCCACCCAGAGGCAUGGCACGCAUCCCCUUAAGCUCCAAGCCCGUUUUUGCAGCCUCUGUGGGGUGGGGCUUGGCGAGCUGCCUAGCCCAUAGGUUGAGUCCAUGGUCUUGACAAAGUCACCCCAAGUUCUCAUGCCUUUGGCCACAGACCUGAGCUAUGAUGAGAUCUGUGCUAUGCUCUCUCCCGACUUCAUGAUUUACUGUGCGAUUUACAAAGUCUUUACCCAAACCCUACCUGGUUUUAUUUUCAAUUUUUCUUUGGAUCAAAAUAAUACAUGUCCAAAGUUUGAAAAGUUGAACGGUAUGACAAGGCUGGUAACCCAAAACUGGCGGGUUCUGCCCCCCCACCCCGAGCUUCCCUCUCCCUGGCCCCUCCUUUCAGUUCCUUUGGCCAAUUCUUCAUCUGUUUCCCUUCUGAUUUCUCAGUAAUUUGCUUAUAUUGCUAUUUCUUGAUUUUUCCCCUGUUAGAACAUAGACCUCAUAGUAUGGAAAAAUGAGCUCUGGUAGGCACUUCUCCACACACUUCCCUCCCAUCCCUCCAAUGGCACAGUCCGGGGUGAAGGGAUAGUCAGUGUUUAUGUGUUUAAAACUAUGUAACCAGUAGUUUUAAGAGGAAACCCGACCGAAAUUUAGAGGUUUGUUCUUUCUCUUGCCACUCCACACUUUGUUGGAGUUUGGGUUUUUCUCGCUCUUUCUGGGCUAUAAAGUUCUUCCCAGGCUCCUUUGUAGUAAGUUGAGUCUUGAGCAUCACCUCCCACUGGACCCCGAAGAUCUGGGAGGAGCUUCGGUCUGUGACUAGGCUUCCAAUGGAUUCGCCAAAGCAGCUUUACCCAACCUGGGCCCCGGGAUCAUCUCAGAUGCCCAGUGAAGAGAAUUCCCAGGAAGGCUCAGGUGCCUCUCAAACUGUCUCCGAAGUAUUAACAAAGAACCUUGGUAAACUGACUCUCGACUCUAGUUUCAAACUUCCUUCCCCUCUACCAGAAUAGGCAUCCCAACAGCAGGACAGAGAGAAGAAAGCACAGGGGCCGGUUGAGCGCAUCCUCAGCAGCAGCAGCAGGGGGAGGGCUGGAGUAAGGACUUUGUUAACUGCUCAGAAAGAAAGGAUGGCAAGGAUGACUCGGAUGAUUCAAUACCAGCGUUACCUCAACCCCCGGUCCCAGCCUCAAAAAGAUCCACGGCAGAAGGAAACCGAGGAGGGUGAAUCGAGAGUGGAAAGGUUUAGAUGUCGCUGUCAUUAUGGCCGGUACCAUAAAGAUCUUUCUGAGGAAACCAGCAUGGAGAAAAAUCAUGACGCGGAGCCAAUGUAAACAUAAACUUUAUUCUUGUACUGUUUCUUCUUGCUAGUGAUUUUAGGAUCAUUUUGCAGCGGCUUGGGAAAGCUGCUCUCUGUUCGGGCAAACUGUAGGAUAUUUUGGUAAUCUAUGAUAUUAUAAGGUCUUUCUUCAUACCAGUGAUUUGUGAGGAAUCCUGUAGUUUGCAUUUGAAUGACUUCACUAUACUUCCACGUUUUGAUUUGACCUAAGGAAGCACUAACGGGUUUUGAGGGUUGCCUGUGUGUUUAAGAGGCCUGAGGUCAUUGAGGUAAGACCUAACCUCAGACUGUGCAGAAGGAAUACACAGGGUGCGCCUGGGUGGCUCAGUCGUUAAGCGACUGCCUUCGGCUCGGGUCAUGAUCCCAGGGUCCUGGGAUCGAGCCCCACAUCGGGCUCCCUGCUCCGGGGAAGCCUGCUU